AUGGUUAUUCUGGUGACCCUGCUACCUCUGCUGGUGAUGGGGAUUGUGGUUGUGGCAAUGUUCCACUGGUUCCGAGCCUAUCGGCAACGUGUGAACCAAGAAUGGGAGAGCAACAUUAAAAAACUCAAGCCAAAAGCCACUGGGCUGGACUGCAGUGACGCCUGCGCUAUCAUGAUGGAUGAUGAUAGGUCAGACAGCAGCUCGACACAUGCCAACAACCUGAACCACAACACAGAGCCACUUCCUAUAGAGUUGGAUCUGCUGGUGGGAAAGGGUCGCUUCUCCCAGGUAUACAAGGCUAAGCUGAAACAGACCACCUCAGAUCAGUUUGAAACAGUAGCUGUGAAGAUCUUCCCCUAUGAGGAGUAUGCCUCCUGGAAGAACGAGAAGGACAUCUUCUCCAAUACAGACCUGCGACACGAGAACAUCCUCCACUUCCUGACAGCUGAGGAGAGGAAGGUGGAAAAACAGUACUGGCUUAUCACUGCCUUCCACCACAGAGGAAAUCUACAGGAGCACCUGACACGUCAUGUGAUCAGCUGGGAGGAGCUGCAGGUGCUGGGCAUGUCUCUUUCCCGGGGGGUCGCCCACCUCCACAGUGACCGCCUCCUCUGUGGACGCCCAAAGGUACCCAUUGUCCAUCGAGACCUUAAAAGCUCCAACAUUCUGGUGAAGAACGACCUGACGCUGUGCCUGUGUGACUUUGGGCUGGGACUCCGUUUAGACAGCAGUCUGUCCGUGGAUGACCUUGCCAACAGUGGACAGGUGGGUACGGUGCGUUACAUGGCUCCGGAAGUGCUAGAGGCCCGACUGAAUCUAGAGAACAUUGAGUCCUUCAAACAGACUGACAUUUAUUCCAUGUCCCUUGUACUUUGGGAGAUGACAUCGAGGUGUGAAGCUAUUGGAG